UUGUUUUUAAAUUUAUUAAUUCACCCUCUUUCUCCUCCGUUUACAAUUCUUGGGUGACACCUAAGAAGGUCACAAGUGUAACUUUCAGUCGAGCAAAGGCUCCAGCGAUUCAACCUGGUAUUCAUGUCGACGGACAAAUUGACGGUCGAGCACAAUUGCAUGCAUCAAACUUCAUACAUACACCAAUGGAAGAACUUCGAAUCCCUUUACGAUAUUUAGCACAAAGAAUAUAAUGCUUUUGGAUCUUCCUUUAACUUGCACAUAUGAGUAUUGAUUCGUGUCAAUAAGAAGGAUAGGAGGGAUAUUUUUGCAUGCAUCUCACACUAAAAACCAAAGCCUUUCUCUUUGUUAUCUGUUGGGUCUCUCUGCUAUGAGCUCUUCCCAGUGUGAAUCAUGCAUUACACAGACUGAGGUUCUUGCUGUUAUACUUGAUUUGGAUGGUACCCUUCUGGACACAGAGAAUGCUACAAAAUAUGUUCUGAAAGAAUUCUUGGCAAAAUAUGGGAAAGAUUUGGAUAAAGAAAGGGAAAGUAAGAAGAGGUUUGGGAUGACUCUGCAAGUAUCAGCAGCUUUGAUUGUUAAGGAUUAUGACCUCCCAUUAACACCUAAUCAGUUUAUUGAAGAGAUCAUGCCUAUGUACCGCGACAAGUGGUUGAAUGCCAGAGCUCUACCUGGUGCUAAUCGUCUUAUCAAACAUCUGUAUAAAAAUGGACUGCCAUUUGCUCUUGCUUCAAAUUCCUUAACAGAAUAUAUAGAUGCAAAAAUCUCUCACCAAGAAGGUUGGAAAGAGUGCUUCUCAACAAUUCUCGGAAGUGACCAGGUCAAAUCAGGCAAACCCUCGCCAGAUUUAUUCAUAGAGGCUGCAAGGAGAAUGGGUGUAGAUGCUGCAAAGUGCUUGGUGAUUGAAGACUCUUUAGUUGGAGUCCAAGCUGCUAAGGCUGCCAAAAUGAAGGUAGUGGUUGUUCCAUCUCAAAGUGAGGGUGAUUGUUCUUUGUUGGCAGACAGCAUGCUUCAUUCACUUCUAGAAUUUCGUCCUGAGCUAUGGGGUCUUCCACCAUUUGAUGAUUGGUUCGACAAUGCAUUGCCAAUUGAACCAAUUUACUUGAGCAUUCAAUACAAAAAUGGCUUUGUUAGUAAUAUCAGAGAUGUUGGCAAAUCAGCUCUUCCUUGCCAAGUUUCAGGAUUGUUCUUUGGCUGGGCAGAAUCUGGCAUACAUGGGACCUUAAAGGUUUUAGUUCACAUUGGAUCUGAUCACUGCUCAUGUAGUCCUCACAGAAAAAUUCAAAUAUGUAUAAUUGACAAAAAAGCUGAUGAACUUCCCGAUCAGCAAAUGCAACUAGUACUUGUUGGCUACAUCCGGGGAAUGUAUAGCAUGGAAAUCGGAUCCAUUGAUGUGGGAAUACUUGAAGAAGACAAAUCUAUUGCAAGUUCUUGUUUGGAUCAACACCAUUUUGCAGUACCAUCCUCCUGGCAAAUGUUGCAUAUCUAGACUACUUUAUUACUUCAUCAACACUCAUAAAUAAAUAAUUAAGAAAAAAAUAAAAGAAUUCUGAUUCUCUAUGGUAGAUUUAGACUUCAACUAUUGAGCACAGUUGUUGUAUUAUUAAAGUAACUCAAAUAAAUGUACUUGUAUUUUACUAUAAUGUGAAAUCAUUUUAGGAGUUUGAACUU